UCGGACACUAAAUCUUUUUAUGACGUUAUAUGACAAAGACGCAAUCAAAGUUUGGCCACAAAAAGAUCAUCAUGGAGCAGUUUAAGAUCUUUUUUCAUGUUAUCGCGCAUGUUGGGCAAGACAAUGGAAAAUAUGUGCUGUAUAGAGUGGUUUUGGUUGGGUGAAUGGGGAUCGGAUAUUCUGUAAAAAAAAAGUCACAAAUCUUUCACUUGUCAAUUUCCCCCGGUUUCCCUUCCUGCACCAUCCAUUGGCGUCUCCAAUCGUUUGCAGGAAUCCGAAAAAUGGCGUUUCGUAUUUCAGUCACGCUAUUUACACGAACCGUGGUUGGACCUCGGUCAUGGCCUACCUUUCGGACGCGUGCAUUGCAUACCGUUUCACCGGGAGUCUUGUCAGAGGACAUGCGAGCCAUUAUGCGCAAGGUCCCGCAGCCCGUAGUGGUGGUCACGACAUCGCAUCCGACGGAACCGAGACAUCGACGUGGAAUUACCGUCUCCUCAUUUACAUCCAUUUGUUUCCAUCCUGAACCACUCGUGUCGUUUUGUGUUCGCAUCCCUUCACGUGCUUCGGACUUGCUCCAUUCGUCCGGAAAUAUGAUUGUCAAUAUGCUCAGCCACGAACAGGUGCAACAAUCCAUCGCCUUUUCGUCGCCUACGGCCGAUCAGUUUAAAGAUGUUCCGUUUUAUGACGAUUCAAGCUCGGGACUGCCGGUAUUGAUGGGAACUCUGGGAUCCAUGCAUUGUCAGAAAUACCAGGUCCUCGAACUGGGCGAUCACGAACUGUGGAUCACCAAGGUCCUGAAAGUAGAGCAAGGUGUAGGCAGCACCUUGGGAACACGACAAGAAGCGCAACCUUUACUGUACUAUGACCGUGGAUACCGGAGUGUGGGGGAUCAAGUGUUCAUGAAAGCGCUGGAAGACUCCACGUUGGAUACCCGUCUAUGGAUGCAUCGCGCUCAUAUUCGUAUGGCGUGGAAUUAUUUGCGUGAUCAGCCCAGAGACCAGGCUGAGCCUCUGAUCAAGAAAAUCAUCCAUUCCCAUUUCGAAAAGAACCCUACCACCAAGCAAAAGUAUCACGAAACCAUCACUUCCUUCUACAUUGGCUUGAUCGAUCUCGCCAUGCAAUCGCACCAAAUGAAUGAUUUGAAAGACCAGGAUGAUUUCUUUGAUUUCAUGGAGAAAUUCCCGGUCUUGACCGACCCUCGCACCAUCCAAUCUUACUAUUCCCCGCAAUUGCUUUCUUCAGACCAAGCACGACGUGAAUUUGUACCUCCAGAUUUGAAGCCCUUCCCUACCACAGUCCCCUCUAUUCAAGAGAUCCAACCGGAAAAACAAUAGAUCCAUCGCUGGUUGGUUCGAAGAAACCACACAAAGGCGUUCUGUGUUACUCAAAUGGUUCCACAUUGUGCCCUCAAUUUAGACCUUGCAAAAUAGAUUAGAAAUCCCAGAUCAAGACAAAACGGUUGAUAAGAGCACCGUUGAUAUUACAUACUCUGUAACCCAUCUUUUUCCACACGAUAUAUAAAAUAAACACUCAUAUCAAUGUAGAAUGCCACAUGAAUGUUUCUGUUGGUCAAUGAGAAUAAAUAUGUUUAAUUUUCUCUUUUGCACCACCACCAAAGAGGGUGCAC